GUUCUUAUCUUUCUCUCUUCUGUCAUCUUCACAUUCUGCAACCAAAGAAGAAGAAGAAGAAAAAGAAGAGAGAAAAAGAGUGAGAGAUGGGGAGAGGAAAGAUAGAGAUAAAGAGGAUAGAGAACACAAGCAACAGGCAAGUGACUUACUCAAAGAGGAGAAAUGGGAUCUUGAAGAAAGCUAAGGAGAUCACUGUUCUAUGUGAUGCUAAGGUCUCUCUUGUUGUCUUUGGCAGUUCUGGCAAGAUGCAUGAGUUCUGUAGCCCUUCCACUACGUUGGUUGACAUCUUGGAGAAGUAUCACCAACAGUCUGGGAAGAGGUUGUGGGAUGCCAAGCAUGAGAAUCUCAGCAAUGAAUUGGAUAGAAUCAAGAAAGAAAAUGACAGCUUGCAGAUUGAGCUCAGGCACUUGAAAGGAGAAGACAUAACAUCUUUGCAGCCCAGAGAUCUCAUGGCCAUAGAGAACACACUCGAAACUGGGCUUGAAAGUGUUCGCUACAAACAGUCGGAGAUUCACAGGAUGAUGAAGAAAAAUGGAAAGAUGCUGGAGGAGGAUAACAAGCAGCUCAAUCUGAUACUGCAUCAGCAAGAGAUGGAGAGGGAAAGUAGAGAAUUGGAGAAUGGAUAUCAUCGUCAACAUCAGCAAGAGAUGGAGAGGGAAAGUAGAGAAUUGGAGAAUGGAUAUCAUCGUCAAGUGAAUGACUACCAGCCCCAGAUGCCUUUCACCUUCCGGGUGCAGCCGAUCCAGCCAAAUUUGCAUGAGAGAAUUUAGGAUUUUCUGGCAUUUGAACUCUCUAGAGCUUGGUUUGUUGAACCUAAACUUUCUAGUUUGACAUGUUUUGUGUGGGAGAGAAGCCUUAAAUCUCCUUAAAACAAGUAGUAGUGAAACUAGUAAUAAAUAAAUUAAAACUUGGUUGGUGCUACAAUUAUAGAAUGGUUAUGCUCAUGGGAUCACCUACCUUCAUGGUUUAGUUUUAGUAUGUGGUAUCUUAUGGAAUACUAGGCUACAAAUUAGGAUUU